AUGAACCCACUACAAAAAUCAUCUGCAUUCUUAAUAAUAUCAAUCCUUCUCAUUAUAACAUCAUCCCCUCUGAGAGUAAUUUCACAAAAAACUUUAACAGAAACGGAAGUGGUAGUAACAACGAUACAAGCUCCAGAUGUGACGAUCGCAGUACCUCCACCGGAUGCUAAUCCAACUGAAACGGUAAUCAUCGGUCAACCCAAAGAACCUGCUAAAGCACCGGGACCUGCUCCCGCUGAAGAACCAAAAGCUCCCGUACCCAAUGAGCAACCCAAAGAACAACCCAAAGAACCACAGGAACCUAAAGUCACUCCUCCUCCACAAUCUAAAAGUCCUCCUGAGAAACAAUCUGAUUCAACAAAUUCAUCUAAAAGCGGUGUUGUUGUGUUAACCGGUAGCGCGCCCACACCUACCAACCUCGGCAAUGUUAAUAUUGUAGAAUGGAAUUUAAUAGGUGUUAAUAUCAUUAUUGGUGGAUUAAUCACGUUCUUUAUGAACGCUUGGGUUUUAUAA